GGCUCGGCCGGAAUCCGCCCGCGCGCGGAGCACGGGCCGGCUCCGGGGACGGACCGGACGCACCCGGUCGCCGCUGCGGAACGGCUAGUGGGCAGCGCGCGUGGCGCGGGGAGGCGCACGCAGACGCCGCUACGUCCGUGCAGGGUCCCCCCCAGCCCGGUGGCCCGGAGCCCGCGCCGACCCAUGUCCCUGCUGCUGCGCCUGACCUGCCGGCUGCUCGGGGCCGCGCCCCGGCCGGGCCCUCGGCCCCCGGCCCUGUCCCCGCCGGGCCGCCCGGUGUGCGGGCUGCCCCGCCGCGCGCCCCCGGCCCCGACCCUGCUGGGCCUGCUGGGCCUGCCAGCCCGCGGGCUGCCCCGCCGUGCGCCCCCGGCCCCGGCCGCGCCCCCGGCUCCUGCCCUGCUUGGCCUGCUGGGUCUCCCGGCCCGCGAGCUGCCCCGCCGCGCUCCCCCGGCCCCGCUGGACUUGCCGGGCCGCCCCGCGCCCCUCGCCCCCGCGCCCGCGCGCCCGCCCGCCCCGCCGCUGCUCUGCCGGAACGUGCUCAAGAUCCGUCGGCGCAAGAUGAACCACCACAAGUACCGCAAGCUGGUCAAGAGGACGCGCUUCCUGCGCCGCAAGGUCCGCGAGAGUCGCCUCAAGCGGAAGCAGGCCAAGUUCGAGGGCGAUCUGCGGCGCAUCUGGCUCAGGGCGGGCCUGAAGGAUGCCCCCGCCGGCUGGCAGACCCCCAGGAUCUACUUAAAGGGCAAAUGAGACGCGCUCCCCCCUGGCCCCUUGGGCGGACCCCGGGUAUAAACACACCUGAAGCCGU